CGAUUGCGAGCUAAGGUGCAGUUGUUCUCAUGAGUGGCGCGCAUUAAUCAUCUAUUAGGCUUCAACAUUCAGGGGAAUGAAGAUAAAAUUGGGAGUGGUGGUCGGCGGAAUGCUGCCAUUUUUUCCCUAAGAUAAAUUAUUUAAUCAGUCUCUGUUACAUUUGUUUUGUCAUAUUCCUCUGUGGUAUGGAGAGGUUCACCUGCUUAUUCAGUGUUCCCACAGCUUCGUGUCGUGUCUCUUCCUUUAUCCAAUGAAAACCCCCAAGUCACUCAUACCUACUUCCGGACGUAGACUCCUACCGCUGCAGAGUAGCUUUCAGUUCUUAGUGCCUGCGCUACUCAGAAGACGGAUCGUCAUGAACCAUGUGUGUCGUUGCCGGUCGCGUUGGAUUACAAAAGUAUCAUUCUGAGGAUUUUUCUACGGAUAAACAGCAGAUCACAACUAAAGUCCUGAGAAGUAGUGGAUAUCGGCAAGAGUUGCGCUCUGUUGAACAUAAGGAAAUAUCACGGGAGCGUUCAGUAUUCCGUUUGAGGCGUGGAUGACAAAGAGAUUUAUUUGAGUGGGAAAGUAGCCUGUGCACCUCGCCAAAAUGGAAGAGAUCUUUGCUUCUUUUAUUGUGUUAGCAACUUUAGCUCUAUGUGAGGGCAGGGUUGUGAAAGUUCCGGUCGGCCCUUUGGUCCGUGUUGAGGGCCAGGCUGUGUCCCUUCGCUGCGACGUAUCCGACUAUGAGGGUCCCAGAGAUCAGGACUUUGAGUGGACCAUGCUGCAAGCGGGGAAGGAGUUACAGGUUGUGUCAACGUUCGACAGCGCGUAUCCCGACACCCUCUUGAGGGACCGCGUCUCCAGUGGCGACAUUAGCAUCAAGAAGCUCAGCGACUCGUCUGUCGAGCUGAAAAUCAAGAAGGUUCGAGCCACAGACAGUGCCACCUAUCGGUGCAGUACUCCCAGCACGGACACGACGGUCAAAGGGAACUACUUUGCAGAUGUGGCGCUCAAAGUGAUAGGGGACAGCCUGAGGGUGGCGCCGUCAAUCCCAAAGCCUGUGGUGUCUGAAGGGGACCAGCUGGAGCUUCACUGCAACACCACCAGAGCGUUCACCGAGCACACCUCCCUGUCCGUCACGUGGUCCCACAAGAAGGGUGGCUCGCCAGCGUCGGAGAUCCUGACCUUCGGCCCUGAGGACAAGGUCACGGUGGCCACUGGGUCUGCCCAGCGCUAUGCGGACGGCGGGCUCCGAUUGGACCUGCGUGGAGGCGGGUUCUACGGGCUGGUUCUGUCUGGGGCCCGGCCAGAGGACCAGGGGAAGUACGUGUGCACGGCCAGAGAAUGGGUGAGGCAGGCCGGAGGCUCCCUGGACAAGAUUCUGGAGAAGAGUGAGGAGAUGGGCACUGUCACCGUCAAACCUACAGCCAAUUCUCUCCAGGUCACUGUGGAGAAGAACACCACCUUAAACAUGGAGGACACCCUCAACCUCACCUGCUCCGUGGCUGGCGACCUGGCCUCCCUUGGUCUGGAGGUGGAGUGGCUCAUGGGGUCAGGCGCGUCCGCCAGCCCACAGGUUGUAGUCCGCAUGGACCGGGACGGGACGGUCACCGGAGGCUCGGCCCAGCUGGCUCUGUCGCGGGUGGCGCCGGGAGACUUUCGACUCGUGGCGCCGAAGGUGGAGCGGUCCAACUCGGGCUGGUACUCCUGCCGUGUGCGGGCCUGGCUGCCCCAGAGCAGCAGCAAGUGGUACCAGGCCGCAGAGAUGACCUCCAACCCGGUCCAGGUUCUGGUGGCCCAGCUCGAGCCAGAGUUUAAGGUCACCCUCAGCGCUGCGGUGUCCCCUCAGUUCACCUACGACCCCACUGAGCUCCUCUGCGCGGUCACCGACAUCCAACACCUGCGCGAUGGCCGCCUGGGGGUCACCUGGCUCUACUCCAACGCCCUGCCCGGCGACACCUCCGCCACCACGGAAACCAUCGGCACGCUGAACGAGCUCGGCGUCCUGGUUGCCGGCACGACCUACCAGCAGCGGCUUGAGUCUGGGGACAUCGCGCUGAGCCGCGGGGAACCCAACGUCUUCAGGCUGAGGCUGCUCCGCACGCGCACCCAGGACAUGGGCGAGUACUCCUGCAGCGUGUCCGCCUGGACGCCCUCCAGACAGGGAGGCUGGGAGCAGGCCAAAGAGAUCUCCUCCACACCGAUCAAAGUUCAGUGGAGCCCCAAGACCCCGGUUCUAAGCGUGGUGGCCCACCGGAUCCGGGAGGCCUCCAGCGCCGGUUCAACCUUCGAGAUGAGCUGCCACGUGACAGGCCAGAACCUGCAGAACCCCGGCUACUCUGUUCUUGUGCGCACGGAAGAGAAGUCCGGGGCGGCCUCCCGCAAGGUGCUGUCCCUAAACGCAGACUCGGUUCUGCAGCUGGAGGAGUGGACGGAACCGGGCCGCGUGGACAGUGUGGCGCUGGAGAAGACUGGCCCACUGGAGUACCGGUUCCGUCUGUACGGAGCGCAGCUGAGGGACCGUGGGUUCUACUACUGCGAGGUUGCAGCCUGGACACGGGAACAGGGGGGGUCUGGGUCUAGUGCUGGCUCUGCGUCUGGCACCAGAGGAGGAGGAGACUGGACCAGGGUGGUCAGUGCCGAGUCCAAUAAGAUCCAUAUCUCGUUUGAGGACACAGGUCCGGUGUUCAAUGUGUCCAUUCAUUCAGACCAGCAUAGGGUGGCUCCAGGAGAGACAGCUAAACUUCAGUGCAUCAUUACUGUCGUAGGAGCUUCUCCCAACACAGGUGACGUGUCGUUCGAGGUGCAGUGGUUCCAGUCCCCCAUCCGCGCAGUGGAGAACGGUGGGGCCGAGCCGCUGGUCAGCAUGGACCGCUGGGGCGUGGUGCGAAAGAGCGCGCCGGCCGCCAACCUGUCGGCGGACUGCAGCCUGGAGCGCAGCGACGCCCACACCUUCACGCUGAGCGUGCACGGGACGCGCGACGCUGACGCAGGGGACUAUUACUGCGUGGCCACGCCCUGGCUGCUGGCCCCAGCCUCGGGAGCCUGGAGUAAAGGACGCCAGCUCAAAUCACAGCCCAUAUACCUGUCCAUCAGGCUGGCACUGUGGGCGUCCAUGCGUCUGCCCCUGCUGUGUGGCGUGGGGGCCGCUGUGGCCGUCGGCCUGCUGUCCAUCCUGGUGGGCCUGAUCUGCGCCCAGUGCUGCUGCCGCAACGCGCUGCACACCCCCCGCUCCACCAACAAGCUCAUGGACAUGGAGAUGGACUGACUAACCGCCCCGCCUUUCCCUCCGCUCAGACACGCCUUCAACGGGCGCUCCGCGCGGGAUCGGGAUCGGGGUUGCGACCGAGACCGAGAGGGAGAGGCCGGCUUCCCCCCCUUUUCUCCACUGACCACAGACUCGUUCCCUUCAAUGUGACUCCCAGGCUCUCUCUCUUACUCGAGGCUUUUAUGACAAGGCCACACACACACACACACACACACACACACACACACACGCAAGCACACACACACAUACAUUAUACACCGUGACCUAGGGAGCGAGCUCUGGCAUGGACGUUAUUGCCAGGUUAUGUUCCAGGAAGAAGCUUUUUGCUCUAGACUGCGCCUCAAAGCCUCUGAGACUGAGGGAAAUAGUUCAAAAGUGUGUGUGAGGGUUUUAAGAGACACUAGUGUAUUUUUUAUACGUGUAUGGUUAUGUGUUCUAAGAGGAAGCUUAUUGCUCGAGACUUCACUUCAAAGACAAAAAGUAUGUUUUUUUGUGCGUGCGUGUGUGUCUGCGUGCGUGCGUGUGUGUUUGGAGGGGAGGCUCAAACCACUCUGCACAAGACUAUUCAACUGCUCGCUGCUGAGCCAAAUUGACCGACGACGCACUUCUUUCAGGAAAACCUCACCAGCAGUGGCACAGCGUACACACACGGACACACACACACACACACACACACAAACUAGUGUAAGUGUUUUUUUAAGUGUAAAGUGGCAGAGUGCUUCUCACAGGUGUGUGUGGGUGUAGAGGGGGCUGUUUAAGGUGGCAGGCUUUAUGUGGAGUGGUUUAUGGACCCUGUGAUUUCUGGUGGUGGUUGGCCUGAAACAGACUGCUAUGCAUCGUAUUGGAGGAGAGUAACAGGAGAGACACUUGACCCUGUGAUGGAGACUCUCUCUGCAGGGGAGAUGCCCAGCAUCCACCUGACUGGAAAUUCCGUUUGAUGUUGUGUUUCCAUGAUGAUAUCCCCCACCCACCCCACCCAGGGAGCACCACUGCA